CAGCAGCGUCCUCUACCGUUCAACGACCUUCAUUCAAUCGAACUUUCCAAAGAAUGCCUCUUUUUCCCUUCUACGGCUUCCGUAGCAGAUUCCUUCCUCCUCUCUCCUUUUCCUUAUUGUGGCAACAUGGAUCAUCGUAACAACUUUAUUGCGGUGUUUAGGCGUUAAUUCCGCUUUGUCUGGGAGUUAUUGACUUUUCUCCGGGUUCCUUCCCUCAUCUGGACACCAUGUUUACCACCACCGGCUCUCGGGGCCUGUACAAGGCUCCUCUGUGUAAAGGCCUGCUGCUGGUUCUCAAUGGGCUGACUGUGAUGCUCACCCUGCUGCCACAGUACCAGGACAUGUUCGUGUACAGCCUGCAGGCUGUUGCACAUCAGCACCAGGUUUGGAGGUUGUUGUGCGGCAGGUUGAUCUGUCUGGACGUGAAAGACUCCUUCUGCAGCAGCCUGCUGAUUUACAACUUUCGAAUCUUUGAGAGGAGGUUUGGCACCAGGAAGUUUGCUUCCUUCCUGCUGGGCACUUGGCUUCUCUCUGCUCUGGUGGACUUCCUUCUGGCCCAGGCCUUCCAGUUCCUCUUUGAAUAUGAAGUGGAGGAACUACCAGCCGGACUGCUCGCUCCGGUCUUCUCUCUGUUUGUGCCUUUCUACCAGUCGAUCCCCAGAAUGCCAGUCACUCAGGUCCUGGGACACAUCCACAUCACCAACAAGACUCUGGUUUACAUAGUGGGCCUGCAGCUGCUGACUUCCAGUCCCUUCAUGUGGCUCCUUGCACUCAGUGGACUGAUCUCGGGAGGAUUGUACCACUCCAAUGCACUCUGGUUGCAGAAGGUCUUCUUUGUCCCUGUCUGGGUAUCUUCUGUUGGAAAGUACAUUCUGGAGCCGCUCUUCUCCAGUUCCCAGCCCAACGAUGAGACGCCUCUGGGGAUGGGAGCCACUCUGGACAUUCAGAGGCAGCAGAGAAUGGAUCUGCUCGACCAGCAGCUGCUACUGGCCCAGUACAACGAGGCCCGGAGGAACGUCAGACGUCAGCCACAGGGUGGGCUGCUGCAGUGGACCAGGUUAUUUCCCUCUUUGAGACACAGAGGACAGAACAGACCUCCAGUCCAACCCCACCCUGAGGCCCAGACACACCAGUCCACACAACCUCCAUUACUGGAAAACUCUCCUGUUGCAGAGGAACAGGUUGCCCGGUUAGUGGAAAUGGGCUUUUCCAGAAUCGACGCCCUCGAGGCCCUCAGAGCUUCAAAUAACGACAUUAACAUGGCGACCAACUUCCUCCUGCAGCACUGAGGAGAAAGAACCAGGGGGUGAAAAAAAAGGAAAAAAAAAAAGAAAAGGGAAGAGAAGAGGAAUAAAGACAGCACAUGAAAGCAGCUCAGCAAAAAUAAAUGAGAAAGAGAGAAAAGCUGUUGCUCCGAACCAAAGACUGGGAGUGCUGGAGAAUUGGAGAGAAGUCAAAA